UCCAGAGCCAUUUUCUAGACAGGUACUUUUUGAGAAUGUGAUGAAAUCACUUCCUUCUAUUCAGCAGGGUGGAGACUCAGAGGUGUAUACCUGUUUUAGUAAGUCUCACUUCCGUGUUUCACAGCAAAGGAAAUCGCAAGGCAACAAGAACUUUGAAUUCAGAAGACAACUCUUCACACCAGAAGUCAGGAUGCUUUAUACAGAGUUACUGCAAUUGUGGAAUGAGUCAGUGCAUGCAAUGGAUAACAAGGACUGGCAAGGUGCUCUGGAAAAACUGGAACAGAUCACUGAACCUACAUCUCGUACUCUCUUCAAUGCUGCAUCAGCACACCUGUGUCUGGGACAGCUGGAUUCUGCACUUCAGGCUUUAGAUCUGACAAUUGUGAAGGAUCAACGUCUCUCCGUUGCAUUUUUCCAGAGAGCAGCAGUUAUGAUCCAGCUUGACAGGUUGGAAGAGGCACUGUCUGACUGUGUCUGGGCACAGAAACACUUGAGAGGAAAUAUGGUCAUUGACUAUAGACAACUUGGGCUGCGUUAUAAGCUCUACAGCUGGCAGGUGUUACAUAAUACAGCAGCUGUGUACUGCCGAAUGGACCAGUGGGAGCAAGCCAGAGAUAUUCUCUUGUCACACAGUCAAGGGGGGAACUUGGACCUGGCUUUGGAUAACAUCCUGAGAAAAGAAAUAAUUGCGCCUCUCCUGGUACCUGAGGGUGUGGUGUUUCGUCCAAGAAAAAAGGAUGUGGAACAGCUCAAGCAGAGAGACUUCUUAGGAAAAGCAAAGGUGAUUUCCUCCAUGAUUCCAAAUGAUGAUUUUGGGGGAUUUGAACCUCUCCGAUUACAAAAACCUGGUUAUUAUCAGCCCAAAGUGGAUGGUGCUCGGGAAUCUCGCUACAUGUGUAUGACAGUUCCUUACAUGGCUCGAGGCCCAGGUCAUUUGACAGUGCCAGGAGGGUCCAAGGUAUUUUUAUUUGAAGAUCAGGACAAGGAUGGGAUGGCAACUGUCAUAUAUGAUGGACAGAGAGGACUUGUGCCAAUGUCUUUGCUAAAGCCAGCAGAUAUCAAGAAGACCAAAGGCAAAACUGAAAAUACCCUUCCUACUGGGAUUCCCCUCCCUCCAGCACUAAAGCCACCUGUUCGUCCACAAAUAUUGUCAAGUUCAGCAGCUCCUGCUUGGGGGGGACAGUUAUCUUCGGACGUGCCACCCCCAUCUUACUCGUCUGCCACCCAUUCACAGCUGCCAUCCCCAGAACCUCCCAAGUAUACAGCCAAUUCAGGCAGCAAAAAGGAUGACAACUCAGUCCAAGAAGCAGAAGCAGAAACAGAUUCUUUGGUUGUAAAGGUUCACUACACAUACACUGUGGCACUGUCAGUUCCCUCAAAUAUGUCGCACAAUGAACUAAAGGAAGAAAUUGCUCAACAUUUGGAUCAGCCACCAUCUUCUUUACGGCUCAGACAUAAGAAGCAUGGUUCUCGGCUACUGGUCCCUCUUGAAUGGGAAUUAGAGCCAGGGAGGACCAUACAAGAGGUCUCAGAGGGUGGCAGAACAACUCUGUGGUGCCAGGCUGAAGAUUCUCUGCGCAACCAUACCAUCCUAUACCAAAUGGUGGCACUAUAUGAUUAUUCUGCUCAGGGUCCUGAGGAUUUAGAAUUCAGUGAAGGGGAUACCAUUGACAUCCUGGGUGAAGUGAACGAAGAAUGGCUGGAAGGACACUGUGCAGGGAAUAUCGGUAUUUUUCCCAGGAGCUUUGCCAUCAGGGAAAAUGAAAACUUUACACAGAUGUAUGAGUUUUGAAAACCGAGUUUUAGUAAACAAUACUACUGUGAUGUCAGAUCUGUUUUGAUACAACCUUCAGUUAAACCAGAUUGAUAAAGACAUUUUACAUUAUAUUUUGAUUGUAGGAAUAAUUGUGAUCAUAAUUAUCAUACAUUUGCUUACAAUAAAGAAAUGCUUUGCUCUGCCCUAGAUAACGUGGCAGCCUCCUAGCAGUAGAUAGCAAGAACAAAAACAUCUAAUCAUCAGAACUGUUAGAACUGCUGCCUGUUCAAGAAAUGAUGACCACACAUGUGAUCAGCAAUCUUCCACACAUGCACACGCACAUGAACAAACAUUUACACCUUGUCUCAAACUGUUUUGCUUGUCGUCUCCUUUUUGUAACAUCCAUGUAAAUAAGGGGCGUCUCAAAACUAAAUAAAUAGAGGUGCCGAGGAGAGGAUAACCAGUGGUGAAUUGUACGAGACAGUUCCUCUCCUCUCUCGACUUGAACUGGUGUCUUUGCUUCCUUUUUUGUCCAGUUUAAUGAAUGUCUGAUUGGUGAACCUUGACAUUGAUUUUCAUUGAUUAUACAAACACAAUUUUUAUCAAAAAAUAUUGAAAACAUAAAUUUUGGUAGCACUAUUAUAUUACUGUAACUUCCUGCAUUAUAUUCUAGUUUGUUUUAUAAAAAACAAUACUGUUCUCAUUUCGGUAUUUGAAAUGGAGGCGUAAUAUAAAAAUAUCAGUUUGGUUCCCUCUUUAAUUCAAGAAAAAUUAGACAAAUUAAGUCAUUUGUUUUUGGAUGUCACUCUUAAUCUCAGCAGAUUACACUGUAUCUGUAAAGUAUUCACAGUUUACUUUUUCCACAAUUUCUCAUGUUAAAAAAUAAUUACCACCCCCAGACACGCACAAAUAUUUUUGGGGAAAUUGUUUAUUUUUUGAAAAAUAAUGAUUUAAAAAUAUCUACAGCACACAGUGGAAGUAGCCUUUUUUGCCAAUUUUUGUAUUCUCAGAACAUAGAAUAUUGUCUCUCUUAAUCGGAAUGUACUUCAAGCGUCUUUGGGUAAACUCCAGGCACGCUUCCAUCUGUCCACUCUACCUCACAGGCCUUAGUGAUGGUUUCUUGCAGAGAUGGUUUUCCUACUAUGUUUUCUUACCACGAUGUCAGUCUACUGCAAUAAAAUCUUG